AGCUAGCACCAUGGAUGUAUAAAGGACUCACACGUGAAGUUGUAAACAAACGAGCGGCCAUAGUCAGAUCUCGGUACUAGUAUGAGGGUCCCUUACUUUCCCCUGGUGGUGUUGGCCAGCGUCCUGUGUCUGAGUCACAGCUACACACUGCGGAGCUCCGUGUCCUGGGUCGUCUCCUCCAACGACGUGGUGGAGGAAGCGGACCUGUCGGAGGAAGAGGUCGCCCCGGCGCUGCUGGUGGACGGAGCCGGGCUGUGGAAGCAGGCUUACCCGGCCUCUAACGUCCUGGGAGACGGCGUGGAGAGCCCCCGGGAGCUGGCCGAGCCGGAGACCGACAAUGUGGCGCAGCUGUCCUCCUCUCGGCUGUUCUCAUACCGGCUGGAGAAGGUGCAGCAGGCCGGGAGCAGCAGCGGGCCUCCCCCGCACCAAGAGACGGCCAGGACGGCCAGAUAUAUAGCCCACAACAGCGACUGGGGUCAUUUGGCCACCAUUUCGACUCAGGACAAGAUCAAAGGUCUUCCAUUCGGGAACAUCUUCUCAGUGAGUGAUGGACCGGGGGACAACAGCACUGGAGCCGUAUAUUUUUACGUUACUCCGAUGGACAACACUGUGUCCGACCUGAGAAAUAACCCCUUCGCUUCUCUCACAUUCUCAGAGGCUGAGGGAGAAUUCUGCAGGCAAAUGGUGUAUGAUCCAGAAGAUCCAAGAUGUGCUCGACUCACUCUAACCGGCAAGAUGGUGGAUGUGGCACCAGAGGAGCUUGUGUUUGCAAAGGAGGCAAUGUUCUCAAGACAUCCUGUGAUGGCAAAGUGGCCAGUGGGACACAAUUGGUUCUUCAUGAAGCUGGAGCUGAUCCAGGUCUGGCUGCAGGACUGGGUCGGAGGCAUAUCACUCAUUCCCCUGGAGGACUAUUUUAAAGCUACACCUUUCUGAGAACAUACAUCCCUCUGCAUCAUCAGAUACACAAAUUAGUACAGCUGUGUUCACACUACAAAUAUCACUUUAUAAGGGGCAAGAAGUCCCAAAGCAGCAAUGUGCCAUAUUCUUACUUUUUUUUUCUUACUUAUUUUUCUCUUUUGCCCCUUAACUUGACCCAUCACACAAAAUCAGUUUUUUGUUUGGUGUGUGAAUGUAUUUCAAGUCAUUAAGCUAGUUCAAUUCAAUGGUCAAAAUGUCCCAGCUGGGGAAAAAAGUGAAAUGUAAUUGAAUAUAUUCUCUAUAAGCACUGAUUACUAUUUUAUGGGUGUGCAUUAAAACAAUGAUGCUGUUUGAAAUAAAUGAAUCUUAGCACACGCAA